AUGGGGAAAUUAGAUGAAGCAGGAAAGAAUCAAAGAAACGCGGGGAAUCCUCCAUCGUCGUCGAGCGCGACUUCCGGGUUGAAUCGUGCUUCCGUCGUCACUCGACAGCAGGAUCGAAAGGCCUGGAGACUGAGGAACCAAGAAGCACGCGUAACUGCUGAAACGGAAGGACGCGACAUCGAGGACAGCGGUUUCGAACCAAACUUGAUUCAGAGAACGCUGCCGACCAAAAGAGGCUUAUUCCUGUCGGCGCGAGGUGUCGCUCUUCUCCUCAGCUUACUGCUCAGUGGGUGCUUCAGUCCAUUUCUCGAAGGUGUCGCUAUCGGCACUGCUCCUGGACCCAAGGGAGCUUGCGUGCUGUUUCUCGCUAUCGCUUUCCGAGAAGCGUUUGCCAAUUUAAUUCUCGGAUAUCAGUUGGCGAUUACCAGGGGUGAUAUUGUUUAUACUCAUGUCCACAUGGUGUUCAGUGCUGUGAUUUUAUCCAUUGGCAUCAAUGUCGGCAUGAUUCUCCACGAAGAGGAGUUGAGAUUCACUUUGAAUCGGGCUGGAAGGAACGCAGAACUCGUUAUGCUCUUUGCAGCAGCAAUCCUGCAAGAAGCUAUUUUUCACGGUCUGGCAGCUGUGGUAAGAAGCAUUGGAGACCACAAGCUACUUGUGGUUUUGUGUCCUGCUAUGUCCAUGGCUGGACUCCUGGUGUUCACCCUGCUGGAAGAAGAAGUUGAUGCGUACUUUCGGAGCUGAAUAUUUUUUUACAUUGGUUUUUUUGCUUAUGCUUUCCGAGCAGUAAUUUCUCCUCUACGGUAUGUGCGUGAAUAAAAUGAGAAUAGUUAACGACCAAAAA